GAACUGAGGAGGGUGAUAAGGAAGCAGCAGAGGAGAGGAGGAGGGUGAGAGAGAGAGAGUGAGGGAGGAGCUGCUGAUAGGAGGCUGUAAUGCUCACACAGUACCACAGACAGUGGAUAAUAGGGAGAAACUGGGUGCUAAGGCGGGCAAGGUAGGGGCUGCAGCUGACAGUGGGAGAGAGGAGGGGAGGGUGAAGGACAGACAGGCAGCAGAUAGCAGCAAGGGCAGCAGGUGGAGUGUAUCCCUGUGGAAGGCAUUGAGGGGGUGCUAGGUAAGAAGGGAGCAGGUAAGCACAGGAGGGUCUCCAGUGACAUUGCAGAAAUGGAAGCAGCCUCUUUUGGUGCUGGUCGGGCAGGAGGGGGAUUUGACCCUAUGGAAUUCCUGAAACAGCCACAGACCAUCCUGCGGAUAGUGUCCUGGGUGUUCUCCAUUGUGGUCUUUGGCUCCAUAGUGAAUGAAGGUUACAUCAACAUCGAUAGCCCACAGCUGCACUGUGUGUAUAACAGAAACGAGAGCGCUUGUAACUAUGCCAUCUCAAUAGGGCUCAUCGCCUUCUUCGCCUGCGUCUUCUUCAUUGCCUUAGACAUGAAGUUCCCUCAGAUCAGCAGCGUGAAGGACAGGAAAAAAGCGGUCCUGCUAGACAUGGGCUUCUCAGGCUGCUGGUCCUUUAUGUGGUUUGUGUGCUUCUGUUUUCUGGCUAACCAAUGGCAACGGACAGAAAAGGCAAAGGAGGUGGACCAAGCCGCCGAUGCUGCGAGGGCGGCCAUUGCCUUCUCCUUCUUCUCUAUCAUCUCCUGGGUUCUAAUGACUUUGAAAGCCUUCCAGAGAUUCCAACUAGGAACCGAUAUGUCUCUGUUUGCAACGGACCAGUUUGGCACUGGAGCCAAUGCAGGAUACCCGGGUCACCCCACAGGCAGUGGCAUUGAAAGCACAGAAGCCUAUCAAAGCCCUCCUUUCACUGAAAAUGCAGACAUCAGCCCCAAGGGGUACCAAGCACCUUCUUACUGAUGGAGGAGAGGACCACGGAUGGUUGUACGCAGACAUAAAACGAGUGUACUGAUGCAGGGCAGAGAAUCCAAUGACUACUGCAAUCUGCUGUACAUUCUAGAUGUGAUUACCAGUGCUGGAAUUAUACUUGUAGUUAGAUGUACAGUGCACUAUGUACUGUGAUAUUGAAUGCUUGUGUGUGAUCUCUUCAAAAAGGUUUUUUUUUUUUUUUUUUAUUAUUGUAAGUGUUCCCUCUAAGGUAGGGAUGUCCCACUUCAAACCUCCAGCUAUUCUUGGAUUACAGUGACCCAAAAAGAUGGUAGGGUCUGUAAAUCUACCUUUUACAUGUAGGGUUUAUUGGAUUGAAGUCUCUUAGCAAACCUACAUAAAUUGGUCAACAAGCAAAACAUAUUUUUUGGCAGUUUUAAUAACCACAGCGGUAUAGGUAAUUUUCUGUUACUUUUAUGCCAUUUUAUGUAAUAUGGAUCUACAUGAUCUACAAUGGGCCAAAUAGACGCCAAUUUUAGGAUAGCUUUAGGCAUUAUGUUCACAAUUCAUGCACUCAGGCUUUUUGUGUGUUCCCUUGUCCAGUCAGAUUAAAGUUCAACUAUAACAAGGUUAAAGAUGGAGAACGCAGCCGCAGCGGAUGAUAUAGAAUAGUCCACGAGGCAGCAGAAAUUGGCGCUCCCGACGGGAACAAUGGAGGGUUCAACAGCUAAAAGUGAUUAUUUUCCAUAGUAUGUAAGUACAGUUCACAUGGCUGAAAUACAUUUUUUCAGAGACUAAAUAUAAAAAUUCACUGAUAUUGUAACGUGUAAAAGGAAAGAAACAUUUUCACAAAAUAAAUUAAUGUCUUUGUUUGUCCGACAACAAGGAUGAUAUAUAUUUAUAUCGCCAAUCGGAACUGGAAGCCCAGAUUUGUAGAAAUAAAAAAUCAAAAUAAAUACAAAAUAUUUAAAAAAGCUUAGACAUUUAAAAAACAAAAUGAUUUCCAUCUGUUAUCGCCAUCCUGGGAAGGCGAUAACAAAACAGCUAUUGCUGCGGUGGAAUUAUGGGUAAGCCAUCAGUAAUACUACUGGCCGUGGGAGGUGGUGGUGGUGGGGGGGGGGGGGGGGGGGUACUGUCCACAAUAAUAAUCUUAUUACUCCUUUGUUGUAUAGGGUGAAGCCAGCAACAAAGUUUUUUUUUUUUAUUUGAAAUACUUAAUUAGCUUCCUAUAGAUUUUACAAAGACACCUGAAAUGUUUCUGAAGCCGUGGUGAGAGGUUUUUGGGAAAUUACUGUAUUCACGUAUAUUUCUUGAAAUCAUAAAGUUCCGAAGAUGUCUGCUCGCUCUUUUAUGCCAGUUGUGGUUUCUAGUUAUAAAUAUUUCCAGCAAUAUAAGUCCUUUAUUUUAAAUAUUUUAAAUGAAUGCCUCCUAGCCGAUUUAUUCAAAGAACAAUAAAUAUAAUGCAACUCUGCAAAGAGAAAUAGCUGGUAUAAAGCCAUUUAAAAAAUUAAAUAAUAAUUUUAAUAAUAAUAAAAAAAAAUAUACUAAAACAUUAACUUAAGUGUAGGUAUAAUUGUGUGGCCUGAACGGAAGAUCAACCUAGCAGGUUGUUAGGAAUCACUGAGGUAUGAUGUCUACGUGGCCAGUGUGGUUAGGGUGUAACUGGGCGUGGUGUGGGUGGGUCAGGGGUGUGGCUUAUUAUGUCCCGAUUUUUCUUUUGAAAAUGUUGGGAGGUAUGCAGCAGGAUAGCAUCUUCUAAUAGCCCUGAAUUAAACGUGUGAUUCAUUGUGAAGUUGAUUAAUAGAGCAUGCAGCUCCCAACAGCUUGAUUAUAGCCAAUCAUAUUUAGUGCACCCAUCACCAAACCACAGUAGAGGCAGCCAUUUUGUGCCUCCUUGACACGUCACUGAGGCACACAAUUUAUAGGAUGUAUUAUCAUGAGCGGUUGUCCAGCACACAACAUGGCUGCCUCUUGCUAGUCACCAGGACCACUUUCACGACAGACUCAUGUAGUGUUUUUUCAGAAUCCAUUCCUAUAUGUGAUGGAUAAAGACGUACAGGUCUAAAAUACUUGGCACUAAACUACGACAGGGACAAGAAAAUAAUAAUGCACUAUCUUCCUAGUCCCAGGCAGCCUUCUAGUAACAUGUAGCAAACCAGUUGUAGCUAGGAAUACAGGGGCCAAUUUUUCAAUGAGUUUUAUCAUCCGCAAUGAGUUUGUAAAACUCAUUGGGGGAUAUUCAAUUGUUUGAAAAGUCAGUUGGGUGUCUGUUUUUUCCUAUCUAAUAGCAAGAAAAAACAGACAUCCAACCGACUUUUCAAACAUUUGAAUUCCCCCCAUUGUGUAUGAUAAAUCAGCUCCCAACUGUCAUUUUUUUUCAAACACAUGUCAGUUGGGCGGUGAUUGGCUGGAGCACCAUUUAUCAUAUUUAAAACUCCUUGCGUAUGAUAAAACGCUUCAUAAAUCAGCCCCAUACUAUUUAAUGUAUAUUUUGGGGUUCUUAGAGGGAACACUGGAAGGUUUUAUGAGGUGGAAUUUGAUCUUCUGAAAAACGUUCUGUUGACAUUCAGUUUAUGUGCCUGUCAGAUAAUGUGUCGCCUUCUCUACCUAAAUGUAUAAUUGUAUCGCUGAUGGUGUUUGUGGCUGCAGCGCCCCCUGAUAUGGUACCAUGUGAAUUUACAGAGCACAAAUGGUCACAUCCAAACAUAGGGCCCGUUUAGCAACAAAUUUUAGCGGUUUAAAACUUGUUG